UAUAAAAAACCCUUAUUCGUUUCUUUUUAUACUGAACAAAUAUCGUUUGGAUAUGAAAAAUUUUUUUCCUUUGCAGCAUGUUUGGAUAGCUUGUCAUAUGAUUGGCGAAGUGGAAGUCCAUGUUGUGAGAGCAUACUUAGCUCUUCGGAUAUGGAACAACGAGCACCAUCAAGCGUCGAUACAUUUCUCGCACAGCAUGCGCGAGAAUCUUCAAGAUGGUCAUCGAGGUUUGUAGAUGAUCUGUUGAAUCUUUCGUCAAUGUCUUCGGAAAGUGAACAGCUUUUCGUUGCAUUGUAUGACUUUCACGGAGUUGGAGAAGAACAGCUCUCACUUCGCAAAGUAUUUUUUCUUAAACGUAAAUUUCAUGUAUUUUUUAAUAUUUUUUCAUUUAGGAAACAUAAUAAACGAUUGUCUCCAACCGUAUUAAUGUAUAUGGCAACUCAAAUCGCAUCUGGGAUGGCCUAUCUGGAAUCAAGAAAUUUUAUUCAUAGGUCUUCAUUUUUUAAAAUUAAAAGCGAGGUUGAUAGGCAGCUGGAAAGAUCUCGAGUUUCAUAUCGCCAUUCAUCAUCAUAUCAAACGACUGCUAUACCAGUAACACCUCGUCUUAACUCUGUUCAACAAAAACUUAGUGGAACUGAUGAUCGCCGUUCAACUUUGAUGCCUCUUCCUACCAUUGAUUUUCCACCUCCACCAUCCUAUGGUCAUGAUCAUUGUGUUUCAUCCGUUUUAGUUGGAGUCGCACAAUUAAAUUCAGGAGGUGGACAUGAAUCGACUCGAUCAGAAACUUUAAAUCGCCGAGCAUUGCCAUUACCUGUGCCACCUUCUUCAGCAAAACCGAAAUUGCUCAAAGGAUCGUUUUCAUCAUCUCAUCCUCCUGAUUUUCAAAUUAAUAGUGAUAUUAUUGUCUCAGCUUUGGCGGAAAAAAAUUUGAGAAAAGCUGCGAACAAAUUUGGUACAAUGCCAAAGAAUGCUCGUAUUGAUGCAUAUCUCGAAUCGAUGAAAACUCAAACUCCUUCUGAUGAUGGAUCUGGUAAUAUGAGUAAUGAACAUAGUGGAGCUGUAUCAGAUGAUUCAUUAGAUUCAAUUCCAGUCAUUUUGAAUAAUGAAUCCAGAAACAAUAAUCCAAUGAGCGAAAGUAUGAACUGUGGACAAAAUGAGCUUCUACAGCAAUUGAAACGGCGUCUAAAGAAGACAAAAUCUGAAUCACCUGUUGCUGUUGCUCGUUCAGACUCUAAUUCAAGUGGAAGUCAAAAUGAUCCUCAAUUAGUCCCUCAUUCCCCUACAACACCAAGGCCUCGUCAGAUUCGCAAGGUUGAUAGAAUAUCACAAACUGAUGAUCAGUGGAAAGUCAAAAAUAAAUCUGGUUUUGGAUUUCGACGAGAAAAAGAUAUCGGGAAGGAUGCUGUGAACCAUGAUUCUAAACGAGUAGGAAAAGUUGGGGCUUUAAUUGGCGAAGAGAAUGAACUUCGUGCGAAGAUUCGACAGUUAAAACAUGUUCAGAUGAAAGAGCCAUUAAACGAAGAAAAAAAUAAACAAAACGAACCCGUUGGAAUCGAAACUGCGCGAGUGCGGAGCUUGGUCACUCAAAAAGUGGCUCCUCUCCAGCACCAUCGGCCCUUUUCCAUGCAGCCACAGGCUGUUUGUAGCGAUUCGUCGGAUAAUGAAUCAAAUAAAGAAGAAAAAUUGAAGAGUGAUAAUACGUUUGAGAAUCAAUCACUUUGUACUUCUCAGCCACGACAGUUUUCGACAUUGCAACGAGUGAAUAAAAUGAAUUCUGUACUUAUACCAAAAGAUUCUUCUAUGGAUGAAGAUGCACGGAAAGGUCAAGCUGUUAUGGCAAAAUUAAGACCUGGUCGAAGCAGGCAGCCAAAUCUGUUCAAUGAAGCUGAUGAAUUUGAUUUCAAUAAUGGAAUGGUCCGAGCUCAAUCGCUUCGCGAUCUAACGUCGAAAUUUGAAAAAUUAGGUUCAAAUAAUACAGCAUCCAAUACAAAAGGUUAUUUUACUGAAUUUUUAUUCAAAAAAUUUUGUAGAGUUUCACAGUUCCAAAGAGGUGGCGAUAAACGGUUUUCGAUGAUGGAAAACUCAUCAAGUGUACUUACGCCAACAGAAGCAGUUGUUGAUAAUUCAAUGGAGGCAACAUCGCCUAUUGUGAAUAAAGAUUCUUUGUUAGAAUUAUAUAGGCGUCUUGAUGGUUGUAUAUGCGACUUACGAAAUGAACGCAUUGCUCGAAGUGAGAAAAAUUUAGCUCGAAAUGAUGCUCAAAACGCUAUUUUAAUUCGUCUGAGUGAUAUUAUGCAACAGUUUCAUCAUAUGUGUGCAAUUUAUGCAGAAAAUAUUUCACCUCAUUCGAAAUUUCGUUAUCGGUUGCUUACUUUUGAUUGUCUUGUUGAGCUUCUAAAUCGUAUGGAUGGUUUUAUAAAACAGCUUCGACAAUGUGCAUCUUCUGCAACAACAGAUUUUCUUGUAGCUGAACAACAAAUAAUUCCACAAUUUGAACAAAUCAUUCGACAAAUAAUGCAGCUCGUUCAGAGGUGA